GGGACUGGAUUUUAGUUAAUAUGGAAUUAUUGUUACUUCGGUACAUUGAGAGACAGUACUUGAAAAUAUUCCAUUUAGUUUGCCAUCAGUGUGAAAGAAAGGAUUGGGAUUUCCUUAAUGUUUUGAUAAAAAUAAACACUCGGAAAGGACGCUGGGUGGCGCUGCAGCAUUAGAAGUAGAAGGAAGAAAGCUACCAGUCUGCGUUCCUCUAGCUAGAUGCUCUGCUAAAGAAGCAAGCAGGAAAAGGAGGCUUUCUAAGGCAGUUGCUCCGGGAAAUCAGGGCCAUAGGCAUCUCCACUUAUCCCAGUGUCUGAGUGAUACUGGGAGAUAGAUCAGCGACAACGUGAAUCCGAGCUGGGUCAAGUUUGCUGGGAGACGAGAGUGCGAUGGAGGCAGGAGAGAGGAAGAAAUGCUUUCUGAAACAAAGGCAAGUCUUGAUAUUCUUUGUUUGGCUGGGCAUAGCUCAGGCUGGCUCUGAGCCUAGGCGUUAUUCAGUGGCCGAGGAAAUGGACAGUGGCUCCUUUGUGGCCAAUCUGUUGAAAGACUUGGGGUUGGAGGUAGAUGAUCUAGCUGCUCGGGCCCCCCGGGUCGUUUCCAAAGGGAAAAAAAUGCGUUUGCAUUUUGAUAGGCAGACCGGAGAUUUGUUGUUAAAUGAGAAACUGGACCGGGAGGAGCUGUGUGGCCCUACCGAGCCCUGUGUACUACCUUUCCAGAUGUUACUGGAAAAUCCCUUGAAGUUUUUCCAGGCUGAGCUACGGAUUAGGGACAUAAAUGAUCAUUCUCCAGUUUUCCUAGACAAAGAAAUAAUAUUGAAAAUUUCAGAAAGUAUCACUCCUGGAACUACUUUCCUAAUAGAGCGUGCCCAGGACUUAGAUGUAGGAAGCAACAGUCUCCAAAGUUACACAGUCAGCCCCAAUUCCCACUUCCAUCUUAAAUUACAAGACAGUGCCGACGGCACAAUAUUACCACAGCUGGUGCUGGACAAAGCACUGGAUAGAGAGGAACAGCCUGAGAUCAGAUUAACCGUCACAGCGCUGGAUGGCGGGAUUCCACCCAGGUCUGGGACCGCCCUAAUCCGCAUUGCAGUCUUAGACAUCAAUGAUAAUGCCCCCGAGUUUGCAAAGCUGCACUAUGAGGCGCAUGUCCUAGAAAACAGCCCCAUUGGAUCCCAGGUUGCCAUUGUCUCUGCCAGAGAUUUAGAUAUUGGAACCUAUGGAGAAAUAUCUUAUGUACUUUCCCAAGCAUCUGAGGAUAUUCGGAAAACAUUUGGAUUAAAUGCAAAAUCGGGAGAACUCCUUUUAACACAGGAACUGGAUUUUGAAUCUAUUCAGACUUAUACAUUAAAUAUUCAGGCGACAGAUGGUGGGGGCCUUUCUGGCAGUUGUGUGGUGUUUGUCCAAGUGAUGGAUUUGAAUGACAACCCGCCAGAACUGACCAUGUCAACGCUUAUCACUGAGAUCCCAGAAAACUUGCAGGAGACUGUAAUUGCUGUAUUCAGCGUUUCAGAUCCUGACUCUGGAGACAAUGGAAGGAUGGUUUGCUCCAUCCAAGAUGAUCUUCCCUUCAUUCUUAAACCCUCUGUUGAGAAUUUUUACAGUUUAGUCACAAACACAGCCCUGGACCGAGAAACAAGAUCCGAAUAUAACAUCACCAUCGUCGUCACAGAUAUGGGGACACCGAGACUGAAAACCCAGCACAACAUAACCGUGCUGGUGUCCGACGUCAACGACAACGCCCCCGCCUUCACCCAGACCUCCUACACCCUGUCCGUCCGCGAGAACAACAGCCCCGCCCUGCACAUCGGCAGCGUCCGCGCCACAGACAGAGACGCGGGCGCCAACGCCCAGGUCACCUACUCACUGCUGCCGCCCCUCGACGCGCACGUGCCCCUGGCCUCCCUGGUGUCCAUCAACCCGGACAACGGCCACCUGUUCGCCCUGAGGUCCCUGGACUACGAGGCCCUGCGGGCGUUCGAGUUCCGCGUGGGCGCCGCCGACCGCGGCUCGCCCGCGCUCAGCAGCCAGGCGCUGGUGCGCGUGCUCGUGGCGGACGACAACGACAACGCGCCCUUCGUGCUGUACCCGCUGCAGAACGCCUCGGCGCCCUGCACCGAGCUGGUGCCCAGGGCAGCCGAGGCGGGCUACCUGGUGACCAAGGUGGUGGCGGUGGACGGCGACUCGGGCCAGAACGCCUGGCUGUCGUACCAGCUGCUCAAGGCCACGGAGCCCGGCCUCUUCGGCGUGUGGGCGCACAACGGCGAGGUGCGCACGGCCCGGCUGCUGAGCGAGCGCGACGCGGCCAAGCACAGGCUGGUGGUGCUGGUCAAGGACAACGGCGAGCCGCCGCUCUCGGCCAGCGUCACGCUGCACGUGCUGCUGGUGGACGGCUUCUCGCGGCCAUACCUGCCGGCCCCUGAAGCGGAAGCGGCGGACGCGGCCCCGGCCGCCCCGCUCACCGUCUACCUGGUGGUCGCCUUGGCGUCUGUGUCGUCGCUCUUCGUCUUCUCGGUGCUGGUGUUCGUCGCAGUGCGGCUGUGCAGGAGGGGCGGGGCGACCUCGGUGGGUCGCUGCUCGGUGCCCGAGGGCCACUUUCCGGGCCACCUGGUGGACGUCAGCGGCACGGGGACCCUGUCCCAGAGCUACCAGUACGAGGUGUGUCUGACGGGAGGCUCUGGGACUUACAAGUUCCUCAAGCCGGUUAUCCCAAACUUCCUUACUCAAGAUGAGGAGAGGGUUAGUGAGGCCAACCCCAGUUUCAGGAAUAGUUUUGAAUUCAGUUAAAUUUUAGUAAGGGUCUAUGAUGCCGUCUCAGUUAAAUUGUGCAAAGUCGUUUUUUACUGCCGUGCCCAUUGGAGUUGUUUUCUUUGUAUUUGAAAUGUAACUAUCUUAUUCCAAGUCAGCGCAUGUUACUGGUGUUUCUAGAUGUGCUGCUCUGUGGUAUAAUGAAUGCAAAUUUUCUUAUUGUUAGUAUCACUGUAACUUAAUUCGAUUUAAUGUGUGAAAGUAUAUUUUGUAUUUUCUGAAGUCUUUAAUUUUUAGAGCACUUUUUUUUCAAAAUUCACCUUCCACAGUCCCUAGGUAAUUUUUGCAUUCCUACAUUUUUGAAAGUUUGCAAUAAGUACAAAGGGUUACUCUUUUUUCCUACCCAGAAUAUUUGUGUUUGUAGAGAGUAUUCUCUUAGGCUAGUUUAAACUUCCUGUCAACUCACAUUGGCUAAAACCAUUAACAUAGGUACAUUCAUGAAUAACAAAGCACCCUCUCACACUUUUCUAAAUAUAUACUUCCUUAAAAUGUUCAUACCUGAUAAUUAUGAUUCUUUAGAGAUUGUGAAAACCUUGACUGUUGGAUUCUACAAAUCAUCCACAUUAAAAGUCUUCAAUAAAUCAACUACCAAUAUUCUAAAAUGUAGUUAAAUAAAUAGCAAUGUCCAGUCAUUUUCAGACAUGCUAAUUAUUCAUGCUUUUUAUUAAAAAUUUUAAAACCUCUGAUUGUUUCAAUCCAUUUAAAAAUCUGUUUUAAUUAUUUAAAACCAUCUAUUCUUUGAGUACUUCAUUAAAAUCCAAAAGAUCUGAGAGAGUACACGUUUUUGUCUAUGACCAAAUUUUAGAAACUUCAUAUGUAAUUUGGCAUUGCAUUUUAAAAUAAUAUCUGGAGCAUUUAUGAUUCAAUUGGAAAUAAGCCCAUGGAAAAAAUAUUUAUCUUGGUUUGCUCAUUCUAUUUUUUUUUCACUGACUACUUCCAUUUUCCCCCUUUCAGUUUCCUAGACUUUUCAAUGCUUUUUGGUUUCCUUUUUAGUGCUUGAGUUACGUUUCUCAGUAGCUCUCCAUUUACUGCAUGAUUAGCACAAUGACUGCAACACUAGGUUCUUCAUAAAAAUUUUAAAUGACUGAUUGAAGGAAAGAAAUGUCUUUAUUUCAUCUGUGAUAUACUGACAUUCAAAUACAUUAAAAUACUCACAGGACAAAUUUUGCUGGAGUUAAAUGCUCUCAGAUUUAAUUUUUGGUUAUUAACAGAACUUCACUGUUACUCAAAUAUUAUGCAGUUACUAGUGCUUGGUGUCUCUUUCCUUCAAGAUAGUUUUCCUUUUUCUUUUUCUCCUUAAUUUUAAUCUCCUCUCCUGCCCACUAGCUUAAGGAAUCCACAUGGGGAAAUUGUGUUUUCAAUUUUAUGAUGUAUAUUUUCCUUCCAUAAGUCCUUAAAUGAUUCAUUUAACUUUCUUUAUUCUUAUUUAUUUCUUGCAGUUCAUUUUCUGAUCCACACAUUAAAACAGAAUUUUAAUUUUUAAUGUUCUUUAGACUAUCUUUAAAUUUUUAUAUUAUUUUAUGUUUAUUUGAACAUACUAUUAAAAUUAUAAUAUAAAAUUUAAAGGUCUCAUUUUGAGCUUAGCAUUCAUAUAGAGAAGUAUCUUGGUAUCAAAUUAUUACCUGUUGGAUCUUGGAUAAGUCAUAUAAUUUCUGUACCCCCAGAAAUGAUAACAGCUAUUUAAAUAGCUUGCAGUUAUGUCCAAAUAAGAUAACAUAAGGAUAAGAAGUGUAAUUUUGUUAUUUUUAGUAUCACUAAUAUUAAGAGUAAAUUUAAUAAAUGGUCCUUCAUAUAACAUUACUUAUAAUUGUGAAGAAGCUAUAUUGAACACAUGAUAUUUGUGCUGUUUCGUUGCUCUGCGCAAAACCUUGCAAUAGCUUCCUUUCACUCUUAGAAUAAAA